ACACCCCACACGCCACAUCAGCAGCGCAUUGCAGAAGUCACGAUGCAGAAAUACACUCUGUUGCUGGUUUGUCUGUUGGCAGCUGCCGCCGCGUACACCUCCAAGUACGACAACAUCGACCUGGACGACAUCCUGCAUAACGACCGCCUGCUCAAGAAGUACCACGAGUGCCUCCUCUCUGACAGCGACGCCUCCUGCACCCCUGACGGGAAGGAGCUCAAGGCCGCCGUCCCUGAUGCGCUGACCAAUGAGUGCGCCAAGUGCAACGAGAAGCAGAAGGCUGGCGCCGAGAAGGUGAUCAGGUUCCUCAUCAAGGAGAAGCCCGACCUGUGGACGCCGCUGGAGAGCAAGUACGACCCCACCGGCAACUACAGGCAGAAGUACGGCGAGGAGCUCAAGAGGGUCUCCGCCUAAACACUAGGACACUUUUUGCACUGCACUGUGGCAGCUCCAGAACAUUUUUCGGGUUGAGUCUCUGUGAUACAACCAAACAACCUUAAUUUAUUUGAUUAUUGUUAACAUUUGUUGUGUUCAACAUAUUUUAAAAUAAAGGUGUUUUAAUAAGAA